CCAAACCACAGAAAGUUGUAACUCUUAACAAAACCACAACCAGUUUCCUUCUGUUUCUUCUUUUUUCUUCUUUUUUCUUCUUUUUUCUUCUUCUUCUCUUUCCCAGUAUCUAUCAGCUCUGUCUUCCAGAAAGUUACAAUUUUUUCUAUUUAUUUCUCUCCCUGUGCCUCUCUGCAAUCCUACGAAAGCUGCUCAAGUGUCUUUAUUUUUGGCAAUGGAAGAGACUAGCGGCAAUAACAUAGCAAAUAAUGUGGCUCGAGCCAUUGUUGCAGCUCUUGACUGGAACUCCACUCCCGAUGCUCGCAAAGCCGCUGUCUCUUUCCUCGAUUCCAUCAAAACAGGAGAUGUGCGGGUUUUGGCAAAUGUGUCAUUCCUACUUGUCAAAAAAGAUUGGUCUUCUGAAAUCCGGUUGCAUGCUUUCAAAAUGCUGCAGCAUUUGGUUAGGUUGCGUUGGGAGGAAUUAAACCCAGUGGAACGAAGGAAUUUUGCAAAUAUUGCUUUUGAAUUGAUGUCUGAGAUUGCAAAUUCUUCUGAAGAAUGGGCUCUAAAAAGUCAGACAGCUGCCCUUGUUGCUGAGAUUGUUAGAAGAGAAGGUGUUGAACUGUGGCAAGAGCUGCUUCCAUCUCUGGUUUCCUUAUCUGGCAAGGGUCCUGUGCAAGCUGAGUUGGUUGCAAUGAUGCUGAGGUGGCUCCCUGAAGAUAUUACAGUUCACAAUGAAGAUUUAGAAGGUGACCGGCGUAGGCUUUUGUUGCGGGGCCUUACUCAAUCCUUGCCUGACAUUUUGCCUUUAUUUUAUAAUUUAUUGGAAAGACACUUUGGAGCUGCAUUGCAUGAAGUUGGUAGGCAACAAUUGGACUCUGCGAAACAGCAUGCUGCCACAGUAACAGCUACUCUGAAUGCUAUUAAUGCAUAUGCUGAGUGGGCUCCUUUACCUGAUCUAGCUAAAUUUGGUGUAAUUCAUGGUUGUGGCUUUUUACUUUCUUCUACCGACUUCCGGCUUCAUGCUUGUGAGUUUUUCAGACUUGUCUCUCCAAGGAAGAGGCCUGUUGAUGCAUCUGCUUCUGAAUUUGAUUCUGCAAUGAGUAAUAUCUUUCAGAUCUUGAUGAACAUUUCCAGAGAAUUUUUAUUGAAAUCUGGGUCAAGUACUGGGGUUAUAGAUGAGAGUGAAUAUGAGUUUGCGGAAUAUAUAUGUGAAAGUAUGGUGUCUUUGGGUUCUUCCAACUUGCAAUGCAUUUCCAGUGAUAGCAGUAUACUCUCUCUUUAUCUACAACAGAUGUUGGGCUAUUUUCAACAUUAUAAGCUAGCUCUUCAUUAUCAAUCCCUGCUCUUUUGGCUGGUGCUAAUGAGAGAUUUGAUGUCCAAGCCAAAAGCUACCAUGCUUUCACCCGGUGAUGGUUCUUCUACUAAUAAUGUGGGCUGUGCUUCUGGACAGGUUGAUAAUGAGAAAACAAAGAUUUUAAGUCUGAUGAAUGAUGAUAUUUGUAGUGCAAUUCUUGAUAUCACUUUCCAGCGCAUGCUUAAAAGAGAAAAAAUAGGGGCAUCCCUCUCUCUUGGGGCUUUGGAGUUAUGGAGUGAUGAUUUUGAAGGGAAGGGGGAUUUUAGCCAGUAUCGUUUCAAGCUGUCUGAGCUGAUGAAGUUUGUUGCUUCUUUUAAACCCCUUAUAUCCAGUGCUAAAAUUUCUGAAAGAAUUCUUUCAAUCAUCAGUAGCCUCUCAAUCUCAGCAAUCUCUGUUCAGGAAUUAGCAGUGAUGGAAAGCACACAGGUGGCUCUUGAAAAUGUUGUAAGCGCAAUUUUUGAUGGAUCACAUGAAUAUUCGGGUGGAAGAUCUGAAGUUCACCUUGCAUUAUGUAGAAUAUUUGAAGGUCUACUUCAGCAACUUCUCUCAUUGAAAUGGACAGAGCCAGCUCUCGUCGAAGUCCUCGGGCACUACUUUGAUGCUUUGGGUCCCUUUAUGAAAUAUUUCCCAGAUGCUGUGGGCAGUGUUAUCAAUAAACUAUUUGAGCUUCUGACAUCGCUUCCAUUUGUUGUUAAGGAUCCUUCAACAAGUAGUGCACGGCAUGCAAGGCUGCAGAUUUGUACGUCAUUCAUUCGAAUAGCCAAAGCUGCUGACAGAAGUGUUCUGCCUCACAUGAAGGGUAUAGCUGAUACAAUGGCCUAUAUGCAAAGGGAAGGUUGCCUACAUCGCAGUGAACAUAAUCUUCUAGGCGAAGCAUUUCUUGUAAUGGCUUCUGCUGCUGGGAUUCAACAACAGCAAGAAGUUUUGGCCUGGUUACUUGAACCGUUGAGCCAACAGUGGAUACAGCUAGAGUGGCAAAAUAAUUUUUUGUCUGAACCCCUGGGUCUGAUCCGUUUGUGCUCAGAGACGCCAUUUAUGUGGUCAAUUUUCCACACUGUAACAUUCUUUGAGAAGGCACUCAAAAGAAGUGGAACUAGAAAAGGCAAUGUUAAUUUACAGAACAGCUCAACAGGAAGCACUUCUUUGCAUCCAAUGUCUUCACAUCUAUCCUGGAUGCUGCCUCCUCUUUUAAAAUUGCUUCGUGCAAUACAUUCCCUUUGGUCUCCAUCCAUAUAUCAAGCAUUACCUGGUGAACUGAAAGCUGCCAUGACCAUGAGUGAUGCUGAGCGAUUUGCUCUUCUUGGGGAAGGGAACCCCAAAUUGCCAAAGGGUUCUUUAACUUCCGCAGAUGGAUCACAAGUUGGCAUGACUAAGGAAGGAUAUGCAGAAGCAAAUGAAUCUGAUAUAAGAAAUUGGUUAAAAGGUAUCAGAGAUAGCGGGUACAACGUCCUGGGCCUAUCUAUGACCGUUGGAGAUCCAUUUUUCAAAUGUUUGGAUGUUGAUUAUGUUGGCAUAGCGCUAAUGGAGAAUAUACAGUCCAUGGAAUUCAGACAUAUAAGGCAGCUUGUUCAUUCAGUCUUGAUAUAUUUGGUCAAGUCUUGUCCUUCAGAAACAUGGGAGGUCUGGCUGGAAAAGCUCCUAUAUCCAUUAUUUCUCCAUGUGCAGCAAGUUCUUCACUUUUCUUGGUCUAGUCUUUUGCAUGAAGGUAAAGCAAAGGCUCCAGAUGUCCAUGGCAUGCUUGCUGCAUCAGACUUGAAAGUGGAAGUAAUGGAGGAGAAACUGCUUCGAGAUCUUACUCGUGAGACUUGCUUGCUUCUCUCUUCAAUAGCGUCACCAGGACUAAAUUCUGGGCUUCCUUCUUUGGAGCAAUCUGGGCAAGUGAGCCGUGCAGAUAUAUCUUCUCUGAAAGACCUGGAUGCAUUUGCAUCAAACUCUAUGGUUGGUUUCCUUCUGAAGCACAAAGGCCUGGCUCUUCCAGCGUUACAGAUUUGCUUAGAAGCUUUCACGUGGACGGAUAGUGAAGCAGUCACAAAAGUUUCUUCCUUUUGUGCUCAUGUUGUUCUUCUAGCGAUAGCAACGAAUAAUGUUGAACUCCAAGAAUUUGUUUCAAAAGAUCUGUUCUAUGCAAUUAUCAAAGGCUUGGAGCUCGAGUCGAAUGCAGUUAUUAGUGCUGACCUGGUUGGUCUUUGUAGAGAAAUAUUCAUAUACCUCCGUGAUAGAGAUCCAGCCCCAAGACAGGUUCUACUCUCUCUCCCUUGUAUUACAACCCAAGACUUGUAUGCUUUUGAAGAAGCUUUAACAAAAACCUCCAGUCCUAAGGAACAAAAGCAGCACCUGAAGAGCUUGCUUUUAUUAGCUACUGGAAACAAGUUAAAGGCACUUGCUGCACAGAAAAGUGUAAAUAUUAUCACAAACGUUACAGCUCGAUCUCGAACAGCAGUUACUGCUUCAGAAACCAGAAUUGAUGAGGGGGAUUCAGUGGGGUUGGCAGCCAUUUUGUGAGAUACAUAUACUACCAUUGCAGAGUUGAUGUACAGAUACAAGAGAAAAAGAAGAGAUCUGAUUUGACAAAUAUAGAGGUAGUAAACUAGAAGAAGGCAGGUUUUAUUGCCCAUUAAUUCUAUGGAGAUUUGUGCAACAGAUUUCUCCCCCAUAUCUUAAUAUAAGUUUGUAGAAUAUCCAAACAUGCCAUUGGCAUAUUCCAUUAUCCUAUGCUUUUCUUGCCAUUGGGAAGUUGUCUCACUCACAUGAUUGUAUCUUUUUGCUAAUUUUAUUUUUCCCUUCUCUGGCACUGCCACCUUAAAAACCACACUUGCUCACUUGUAUUUGCAUUCUUGAGCAAAUAUCAGAGUCUAUUUCUUUGCCAUUCUCAAUCUCCUUGUCUGUUUCUCUGUGAAUUUUGAACUUGCAAGUGUGUUGAUUACAUUCCUAAGCUAUCUAUGUGAUAUUUUUUUCUUGCAAUUA